GAAAGAGAAAUCGAAUCAAAAAAAUUUCUUUUAAUUUUCGAGUAUAAAUUUGGCCACGCUUCAAAAUUUCUUUUAUUGUGAAGGAUCGUGCGAAGGGUACUAGAAGGAGUAACGUAAGCUGGAAGAUGGAGGAGUCGAUCGCAUGUUUAGUAUUUGUUUUAUGGCUUCGUUUUGUCGUACCGACGUUCUUAAUACUUAUAAUAAUAUUAUUAGCAUUAGCAGCAAUGGGUGCAUCGUUGGGACUUCGAGAAAGAUAUGUUAAAUUGUUGUUAAAGGUAUUUGAGUAUGGUCAGCGUAAAAUUAAAAAGGCAGAAAUGAGAAAUCAUGGGAUUAAGAUAGAAACAGAGUAUGAUGGUGAAGAUAAACCUGAUUCAUCUAAUUUUCAAAUGAGUAAUGGAUCCAAUACAGUAAUUAGCAGAGAAGGUGUGCAGUUAGUUCCCAAUCCUGAACAAAUGAAAGGCAACAUACCUAGAAAUAGGUCUUUCAACACUUUUCAAACAGAAUUCAAGCUAGAUGAUGCAAUGCAUUUCAUUAAAGCAGGAGUAGAAGCAAUUAUUGAAGAUGAAGUAACCAAAAGAUUUACUGCUGAAGGUGCCUAAGUACUCUUGAUCAGACUGUAAAUAUAUAAACUAAGUUUUACAUAAUUAGAAAAAACUUAGUAAAUUAGAUUUUAAAACAAACUAUACAAAAUAACUUAUAUUUCAUUUAACAGUUUCAAUUAUAUUAAUUUUAACAGCAAAAUGCUAAUUAAAUCAAAACAUAGUAUAUUCAGGCUUGAUUGUAGUUAUAUGUACUUAAGAUUAUCAAAAUAUCCAGCUUUAUAUAUUUGAUAAUCUUUGUAGAUUUGUGUGUGUGUGUGUGUACAUCAGCAUCAUUCUGACAAAUAUAUUAAGACGAGUGCCAUAGAGGGCCUGUGAACAGUCGGCUAUUGUCAGAAUGGUAAUUAACAAGUUUAGUUAUAUAGUCCAAAUUAAUAGAUCUGGAAGUGAAGAUUGGACAGGGUCCAGAUAGCAUAACUGAUAAUGCAUUGAAGGGUUUGUGGAAGAUGUGGCUUUAAGUCCACUGUGGCUUGAUCUUUUCUUCCAGAUUAUUCUAAAUUAUUAAAUUUCACCAAAUUAAUAAUUGUUGUUAGCACAAGAUAGCAGUCUGUUUAAUUUUAAUACAGAAAUGAAUUUGAACUAAAUGUCUAUCCAAUGCAUAGCACAAUGGAAUCUGGCUUUAGAUAUUUGUCUCAUACAUUAACAAUUUUUACUAACCAGAAUGCUUUUAUUGCAUUAUACAUGUACAGAAAAUAGUGAGGACAUUCCUUCUUACAAAUAUUAAUGUUUUUGUAUUAAUCUAAUUAGUUUUCUAGAAAUUUUUAAAUUUUAAUUUGAAUCAGUGUUAGUUUUAAAAAUUACUCUUCAGAGUAAAAAGAGAAGACAAAUAUUAACAUACUAUAAUUUAAAAAGACUAAUAUAGUUAUUUAUCACCUGCAUUUUAUAUUUUCCAUUAUCAACCAGAAAGUGACCGGUUAUGAUCCAAUUUAAUAUUGGUUUAAGAUAAAUUGCCAAACAGAAUUUUCAUGCUAAUUCACUGUAUGAUGAUGUAAAUUUUAAAAUAUUCACAAGAUCACACAAUGAAUUAGCACUAAAUUCAGUUGUGAUACUCUUUUCAUUAAUAACACUAAUACUAAUCUUUCCUGUAAUGAAAAUGGAUUACAGAAAAAUUUAUGGCAUCAUUUAAUCUUUUGUGAAAAUAUUCCAUACGAUUGUGAUAAAAUACUCAUAAAGAAUGGUUUGAUCGUGUUUCUCCCAAUACAAUGAUACGGUUUGUACAUUAUGGCAAUUUUUAGUUAAUGAAUAUUGUAAAAAUUGCUUGUUAAACAAAUUGUUAACAACUUACCAAACAUUGCUGUUAAGUAUAGUGGGUGAUCAGUUAACGAACAUAAUCCGUCCCAAGACAGUGUUUGCUACCUGAAUUGUUCAUUAACUGAUUAUUGAUUUGCCAUAGAUUUUUAAGGGAAUUUGAUUAAUUCAUUCUGGAGACCCCAAAAAAUAAAAAUUUGUAUACUUUCUUAUUUUGUUUGUUUAUAUGUAAUAAUAAAAAUACAUACAUACACAUUCUUGCAUUUUUAUCAGUCAUGUAUUUUUCCGCUUGUGGGGCGUUAAAGAAUCUGUUCAAUGUCAAUUGCUUCUGUGUCUUCAGGAUUUUAAUAACAUUGUUGUAGAGAUCUCCAAGCCUAUAAACCUCAACCUGGUUAGGAUGCCAUUCUAUGACCAUUGUUCUGACAUCAUCCUUCCAUUUCUUCAAAAGAACUUUAAUAGUAGUUAUCAGCAUUGGUCCUCUUUUUUUUUUUUUUUUUGUUUUUGUCUUUCUCUUUUAGAAGAAAAUGCAUCUUGCUGAGUGUAUUCUGUCGUCAGAUCAGUUUCAGGUUCCAUUAUGAGCUGUUAAAUGUUCUUUGUUCCUCAGGUGUGAUUUUCGUUACUCCUUUAGCUGCUUGAAUCUUCUUGAUUAUAUCUUUCUUAGCUAAGAUUGUGCUACUAUAGACCUGUUCAAGCCAUACUACCUAGCAACUGCCCACACACUAUCUUGAUUAUUAAAUGCUCACUUUUAGAAAAUAAUAACUGACACAAAACUUAACAAGUUAACACAACUUAACACAAAACCCAACAGUCUCAUGAAGACUAAAAAAUUCUUUGUCAGAAAUGUAAACAAAAGGCUGAAAUUACAAGGGAGAGUUUCAAAGUUUGAAGGAAUAGUGUUGUCGGGUUCAGCGUCAAUAUUAUCGUCUCCCAUGCUCCGAAAGGUUUCGAAUUGUCAUCUGGAGACAAGGGAAGAUCAAUUAAUAUUUGUUAUUUUACAUUGCUGCUUCUUGUGUUUGUUCUGUGAGGUGUUCACGUGUUUGUUGUCUGAACAUAAAAAUCUUUCGUGAAAGUGUUCCUUUCCAAUUUGUUCAGUCCAAACUGUUUGGUUUUACAAAUACAGUGGGUGAUUGAUUAACAAUCUUUUUGUACAAUAUUUAUCAUUUGUAAGUAUAACUAAAAUUUAUUUAAACUGCUUUUGCACUUUAAAAAAAAGCAACUUCACUUUAUUUAGAGGAAAGAGAUUUGAUUAUAUUACAUAAUAAUAUUUUAAUAUUAUAGUGAUCCAUUUCCAGGCAUGUAAUUGUAAAAGCCUUUUAGAAUACAAUGACUGUUUUAAAACAUUUGUCAAUAUAAACAAAGUUGUAAAAAAUAAAGUAGUU